AUGUCAAAUUCGAAAUCAAAUAUAAAGCAAAUAUUCGAUACAAAGUUACCACCGGAAUGUAUACUACAGAUACUGGACUACAUCUCUUUAAUAGAUUUAUCUACAAUCUUCUCCUGUCUUCUAAUAAACAAACACUGGUGCGCAACAACAAUUGCAGUCCUCUGGAGAAAUCCUUUUCGUCUAUUAAAGGCACGAAGAUCGCGGUCCGCGACAUCAGUACAAGAUUGGCGUAUACGAGCAGCACAUCUUUUUGAAUCCUAUAUGUCAUUUUUGGAUAGCGAAGCGCGAGCUCAAUUAAGACGAGCACCAAUAAAACUACUCGCAAAUCGAACAAAAAUAUUAAUGAUUCAGCCGCCUAAAAGUCCCCAAAAUAUUAUUAUCGACUAUGUCUCUUUCAUGGAUGACUCAAUUAAUUGUAAUGAGAUUUUGGAUGCGGCUCAUUGUUGGGUGCUGUUAUUGAGAACUAAGAUGGCGGCAAUUGAAACGAAUUUCGAAAAAGUUAUUUAUACUGGAAAAUUAAUGCCAAAAUUAAAAUCAGAAAUUGUAAUGUACCCGGAAGGAGAACUAGUUGAGAGUAAUGAUAAUUCAGAUAAUAGCAGCAAAAGCCACGUUUUCAAUUAUAAUAUUAAUCGCGAACAAUCGCAACAACGGCAGAAACAAGAAAUAGAGAAAUUUCAUCCUGAACCAAUCAUUUCUCGAGUUCUUUGUGAUUUCCUAGCAAGACGUAGUCCUUUGCUUUCAAGACUUCGAUGUGAUCUUGAAGAUUGGCAAACUCGGGAAUUAAAUCGAAAAUUUGAAAUUUAA